CAGGGGUGGCCUUGAGGAGCUGAACAGAGACCCGCUGGACUGAUUAGAAACCAAGGACUGAUACCAUGGCGGGGAAGCCCAAGCUUCACUACUUCAAUGCACGGGGCAGAAUGGAGCCCAUCCGGUGGCUCUUGGCUGCAGCUGGAGUGGAGUUUGAAGAGAAAUUUCUAAAAUCUGCAGAAGAUUUGGAAAAGUUAAGAAAUGAUGGGUAUUUGAUGUUCCAGCAAGUGCCAAUGGUUGAGAUUGAUGGGAUGAAGCUGGUGCAGACCAGAGCCAUCCUCAACUACAUCGCCAACAAAUACGACCUCUAUGGGAAAGACAUAAAGGAGAGAGCCCUGAUUGAUAUGUAUACAGAAGGUAUGGCAGAUUUGUAUGAAAUGAUCCUUCUUUUGCCCUUAUGCCGACCUGAGGAAAAAGAUGCCAAGAUUGCCGUGAUCAAAGAGAAAACAAAAAAUCGCUAUUUCCCUGCCUUUGAAAAGGUCUUAAAGAGCCAUGGACAAGACUACCUUGUGGGCAACAAGCUGAGCCGGGCUGACAUUCAGCUGGUGGAACUUCUCUGCUACGUGGAAGAGCUUGACCCCAGCCUUAUCUCCAGCUUCCCUCUGCUGCAGGCCCUGAAAACCAGAAUCAGCAACCUGCCCACGGUGAAGAAGUUUCUGCAGCCUUGCAGCCCAAGGAAGCCUCCCACAAAUGCGAAAACUUUAGAAGAAGCAAGGAAGAUUUUUAAGUUUUAAUAAAGCAGCCAUAGAGGCCAAGAAUAUGCAAGACCAAUAUUCUAAAGCUUUGCAACAAUAAAGUGCUUUACCUAACUGUUGAUUGUGCCUGUUGUGAAGCUAAUGAA